UUGUGGUUUUACAUCUUAGCCUGCAAAACUGCCAGUUGCUCCGUCCGGACAUAAAGCUCUGAUUGCAAGGAAACUUUCCUAUUGCUCCAGGUUCCGAGAGAGGUCCCUGCUGCGAGCGCAUUGGGGGCUGGUGCACCUCCUUAACGCUGAUGGAGCUCCUGUUGCCAGGUGCCUUUCAGGGACAGCAGCACGUCUGGGCAUGCUUACCGCAAGCCAAGCUGAGCACAUAUUCAGAAGUAUCUGGAUGUACUCUCAAAGAAUUUCCCCUGAUUCUGAUCCUUCGAGACUGCCAGGUAAAGAGCGUGUUCAGGAGCAGAUCGAACACUGUAGUAUUGUCUGGAUCGAGGUUCGUGCCACCAAUCGACCGUUGCAGUGAGACGAUGGAUCCAUCCUCGAACUCCGUAUACUUCAGUCUGGAAGAACUUAAAGAUCUUGAGUCUGCUUAUGAAUCGGGUGGGAUGGAAAAGGUUGUAAUUCUGAUCCAGGAGAAGUUAAACAAGCUGAAGAGCGCCGAACUUCACAUCGCAGUCACAGGAGAAUCCGGUGCAGGGAAAUCCACCUUCAUCAACGCUAUGAGAGGGCUCCGGAGCAUUGAUGAGGGUGCGGCAAAAAUUGGGAUCACGGAAACAACAAUGGUGCCCACCCAGUACAAGCAUCCCAGCUUUCCUGAAGUUUGUUUCUGGGACCUGCCAGGAGUUGGAACAACAACGUUUCCAGUGAAAGAUUACCUGAGAGAGAUGAAAUUUCAACAGUACGAUUUUUUUAUUAUAAUCUCAAGAGGUCGAUUCACAGAAAAUUAUGCAAAGCUAGCUCAAGAAAUUAAAACGUUGGGGAAACAUUUCUAUUUUGUGCGAUCACAAAUUGACAAUGACCUCCGUGCUCUUGAAAUAGAGGGUAGAAACGCCGAGAGAAAGACGGAACUGACCAAGAUCAGGAAUGCGUGUGUUGGCUGCUUAAGAGAAGCGGGGAUUUCACAGCCCACUGUUUUCCUGAUAUCAAGCUUCCAAGUGAAUGAAUUUGAUUUUUCGGCAUUAUGGGCAACUCUUAUAAAUAAUGUUGACAAUAUGAAGAAGGAUAUUUUCUUAAAGUCACUUCCAAACAUAGCAUUGGAGAUUGUGGAGUGGAAACGAGAUCAGCUGAAGAAACGCCUCUGGAUGUUGGCAACGGUUUCAGGAACAGUGAGAGCAGAAGGAGUUUCUGGAGCAGAGGGAACAGAGGCCGUCUCGGGAGCAAUGGCCGGGGACUUAGCCUGUGACCUAAGGAAACUGAUCACCGCAAUAGAAGAAAUGUGUACAUGCCUCGGUCUGGAUGAUGCCUCUCUUCAAAGACUCGCCAACGUGGCAAGAAAACCUGUAGAAGUUCUGAAAGCAGAAGUAAAAACCCCUCUCACGGGUGAAAUAAAUAAUGAAUGCAUGAAAACAAUGUUGCAGUGUUCCAAUUUUAAGGCUAGUGUGGAUAUGGAGCUCCCCAUUAACCUAGUACAAAUCAUUGCUUCCAUCUUUCAAACAGUAUCAUCAGCUGGAAUCACGUACAAGCUGUUGAGCAAUGCGUUGACUGAGCUUGUGAAGAACGCAAAGAAUGUGGUGAAGGCUGCAUUUGGCACUGAUUAACAUCGGACAUAUUAAAGCAUCGGUUUGUUGAGUUCCUGUAAAUCAUUAAAAAAAAAGGCAUCCUGCACAUCAUCAGAACGUCCCAAAUUAUUUCCCAGCUGUUGGAUUAUUUUUAAACGGCAGUCACUGUUACAACUUUGGCAACCAUGGCAAACAAACUUCAUAAAGUGAAUGGCCAGAGAAACCAUCCCUAAAGGAUAAAUGUUGGAGAAAAUACUGACUAUUGUGUACCUGCCUCUCUUCACAUGGGGUUACGGGAUCUUCCACAUUCACCCCCAAAAGAAAGCGAGGCCUCAGCUCACUCAGACAAGCGAAUGCAGCCUUUUCCUUUUAUAACCAAGUCCUGUGCACUUCUUCCUCGCUGGAGGACUGGGUGAUUGGGCGCAUAUUUCUGGAACUGAAGACAGUUUACAACAAACGUAACCCGUCUUCUCUCCAAUACACCCACUGCAUUUUUCUUCAGCCGUUGCUGAUUUGUGUCUCCACAUCUCCUCCAGUAACGUCACUGGUUCUUCAGCUGAAGGAAGCUUCUGUUACGACCAGCACAUUGAGGCACAGAGCAGAGCUUCACCUUGGCGAUUGUGGAAUGGAAACAUCCACCAAAGACACUGUACUUUUUGUUCUGAGUGUUGACCGUGCUGGUGCAGAUAUAAAGCCCACUGGAUUCCCCGGUACAUCUCACUGGACUCAAAUUCUAUUCCGGCCACAUGAUUGAAGAUAAAAUUUACAAAAAGUAAAGCAAGGUCAGAAAAAAAGCUAUAAAUACUUAACAGAUCAGGCAGAUCUGUAGGAAGAAAUAUAUUAUAUCUUUAUUUUUACUUUUUUUCUCUCUCUCUUUCCCAGUGUCAGUGUGGUUCUAUUCCUUUAGAGUCACAAGAACUCCAAGAAAACAGCGCGCUGCACACAGGAGCCAUUCCUGGUUUCACAUAUUACCUUGACUUGGUCAGUUAAUAGGGACAGUGGACUGUCCUUGUUCAAUGUGGUUACUCCCAGGUAUUCAUCUCUAUCUUGCAUCUACUACAUGAUGGCAUGUCCCCUGAUGUUCUUAACCAAACAUUCCAAAGCAGAUGUCAACCAAGGCUAUGUUAUUGUUCCAAGAUUUUCCUCAAUUCAUUUCGUCAUAACGCCAUCUGCCAUCUAGUUAAUUUAUAGGAAUAAUGAGAAACUUGCUUAAACUACAUUACCUCGAUUGCAGAACUGAGAUCAUUCCAACCUCAAUCAUUGAGCUGCAGUACACAACUAACGUCUGCUGAUAUGAUAAAACCUAUGCGAGAGUGGGUCAAUCAUUCAACACCCAUAAAUCAAUUAUCCCAUCCCGCUGUAGAACACCAUGCUCCACCAAUUAAGUUUCUUCACUAGAACCUGAAAUUGAGGACCACUUCCCAUAAUCCAGGAAUUCACUUUCAAUGAACACAUUACUGAUGAAAUUCUCCGCCACAGCCGGUUCGAUAGCACAUCCCUAUCCACCAGAGAAAAAGGGUAGUUGAAUAUCAAGGCUUCAUACCUGAUACAAAUGACAGGACCUACUGGCAGCAGUAACUCUCUGAUGCUUCUGAAUCAUAGAUUACCUGCAACGGAUUUCUCAAGGCACAGAGUGGGUACCACCGAAGUUUUCUCUCCAAAACCUCCAAGGGCAAGGUAAUUGAAAAUGUGUUCUCUCCUUGGCCAAAAUUCCUCGUAUCGAGCUUGUAAUUAUGCUUAGUCAGCUCAGAUGUUCAGGCCACACUGUUCGCAUGCAUAACACCAGACAUCCGAAGCAGGCAGGAGACACGAGAGAUUGCAGCUGCUGGAAUCUGGAGCAAAGAAUGAACUGCUGGAAGGACUCAGCGGGUCGAGCAGCAUUCGUGGCGGCAAACAGAAGGUCUCCGCUUGCUUCCACAGAUGCUGCUUGACCUGCUCAGUUCGUCCAGCCGCUCAUUUUUGUUUACAUCCGAAGCAGGCAUUCUGCUCUGAGAUUCAUCAAGGCAGAACAUUUCUAGUUAGGCAGGGAAACAAUCCGACGAUGUUCUCCAAGCCUCCUUGAAAAAAAAGUGAAACACGCAGCUAACUACGAAGCUCUUGCCUUUAAAUCCGGAGCGUGGAGAAGGACCAUUCUGGACGGCCGUCAGAAGCACAGUUCCAUUUGUUGGAACCACACGGAGGCCGGCAUGAAUGGCAGAAGAAAUACACCCCUCUCACACUGCCCGCACCAUCAGGUAAAACCCGCUCCAUUUAAGGCCGAGUCAAGGACCGCGCAACGGCCUCAGCAGCCCUUUCAGAAUCCAUGGAACUGCAGUGGGAAACAAGUCACCCUCGAUCCCAACGGAGUGCUUAAGAAAAGGUUACAUUUCUCGAACACUUCCAUGAGUUAAGCUUCGCAAAUGUCUUUGCAGGCAAUGAAGUACUGUUGAAGUGCAGCCACUGUUGUAAUGUGGGCCUGAACUAUGCGCGAUCAUGUAUGAUCACAGAGACCAUUACGGUGAAAUCUAAUGGUGGAGGACAGUGAUGUACAACCCUGUGGGGGGGGCUAAAUUAUCAGUCUGAAUCACCCGAUCCUACUCGCGGCAAGUGAUGUACUUCAUUCUCACAUAGACAAACGUAUUAUUUCACAAAAAAUCGGAAUCUAAAAUUUAUUUACAGCCCAAUUUAUGUUCAGGUUCCUCCCAAACUACGGCACGCCAGGAAUGGUUUCCUAAUUUAAAGUGCAGUGAACUGUGGUGUUUUAAUCUGUUUAAAAACAGAAUUUAAAUGAAAUAAUUUGCAAAGCCUCGCCAGUCCGAGACGGCUAGGUAACAGUCUGGUUUUGAUCCCGCCGGCAUCUCAUCACAGAUCGUAAAAUAUCCACCGUUCUACAAGGUAAAUCCUCAUUUGCAAAGCAGAUGUAUUGGUUUGUCAUUGUUUUCUUUGCUUUCUGUGAAACUUCCUCCAGCUUUCCCCCAAACUUCAUUUCCCACUUCUGUUACCGGAAAUGUGCAAUUAAAACAGAAAGGUUCGGGAUGGGGGGACUCUCUUCCGGCUCGGAGCAGAUCUGAGAGAAAAAGACAAACAGAUUUCAUCGCGUUGACCUUUGCUCAACGGUCACGAAUCUAAAGCUCCCACCCUGUUUUCCCUCCAAGUGUGAUGCCUGACCUGCUGAGCUUUUCUGGCAUUUUUUGUUUCUACUGUAGCUGAAUGUAUUGAACACAGUACGAUGGAUUCACAUGUGCUUGAAGCGUGGCUUUUCUAAAGUUGCACCAAUUAACCUACUUAGGUUUGACGGGUGUAGGUUUCCCGCUAGUUGUCCUUCAGGACCACCCACCUGCCCGGGAUCAAAUGAGAUUCCAGAGUGGGCCUGAAACAAGCCACUUGCAGGCUUGUCCCGGCCCGCAGGCGGUGUGUUUAGCACCCCUUACAUGGAGACAGCACCAGCCUAAUUCAGCAGUGUGGAGACAAAUGUGUUCUGUCCUUAAAUGGAGAGACUAUUGCAGUGAUGUUUGCUAAUAUAAAGCUCAUUGAGGUAUGUUGGAGGGGUUUGUGUGUUUGGCCUGUACCCUGAAUCUGGCCUUCCCAUCAGGCCUAGUUGCCCUCUUUAAUUAUCUCAUUUUUGGAGAGCACACAAAGAAAAACUCAUACAGCAGUGGUAACUUUCUCAAAAGAGGUCGGUUAAUUCAGGGCCUGUUACAGUGUACACUGGGAACCACUUGGAGUGAGAGCUCAAAGAUACUCCACUGACCCAAAAAAAACACAGCAAUUUAUAAUAUUAAGGUUACAAUAGUUACAUAUGGAUUUUAUAAUUGUACAAUAAUUCACCAGUAACCUACUUUUUGGUAUUAUUUGAUCAUUGUUUAUCUCCACUGGAGUUACGUCCAUUUGCCUGAUAGCCACUUCCCUACCCUCCCUGCAAGGGGAUGCUAUAAUUAAUGUCUUAUUUUUCUGUCGUGACUCCACACCUUAUGAUCGUUCUCCUGCAUUUAAUCUAUAUUCCAAACUCCAUUUGGUUACUGCUGCUCCAACUAGCUAUGCCUUUCAAUCUCAACACUUCCUAACCUAUUUACUGCUCGGCUCUUCUAUAACUAACCCCACUAUUGGCCCGUUUUCCCAUCAUCCUUUUCCAGUUUGUAUGGCAUCUAUAUUGAACAUGUUGCAAAUUUUCCCAAUUUUUUUUGGAUUCCAGAAGAUUCCUUCCUCAAAGUAUAAUCUCAUGGAUCACAAACAAUUAAAUUAUGAUAUAAUUGUACUGAGACAACUACAAUAAAUCUCAUGGCAGAGCCAAUUGCAGUAUGUUCUAUUAGUGUAAGGAUAACUGAAGAGUAAUACAACAAUGUACAGAAAUGUUAUGGUUGCAUGCCAAUUGAAAUAAUUACAGCAUAAUCCAACAGUAUAAUGCAGUAAUACAUAGCUAAUUAAAAUAUUAUGUAAUAGUAUAGAGCUAAUUGCAGCAUAAUCUAGUAAUAAACAGCUACAUGAAUCAUAUUGAAAAUGUUUAGGGAGAAAUUCAGUCAAAUGUGAUAGCUCAGAGCAAAUUGCAGUAGAGCAAAACUGUGUAGAGUUAAUAGAAUUAUAAUCCACCAGGAUGGAGCUAAUUGAACCGUAUUUCAAUAGUUUGUGGAGAAAUGCAAUACAAUGUAAUGCCAUCGAGCUUGUUGCAGCAAAAUUGAAGAUUGUAAAAAGAAUUGCAGUACCAUAUAUUACUGUGGAGCUAAUUGCUUUAUAAUCUAUCAGGAUAGAGCUAAUUGAACCGUAGUUUAAUAGUUUAGAGAGAAUUGCCUCAAAAUGUAAUAUUUUAGAGCUAGUUAAAUAAUAAUCUAAGAAUAUUGCUCUACAUUUAACAUGGCACAAUUGUUCAGCAACAAUUGCGUUAUAAGAUAAUUGUACAGAAGCAACUGAAUUAUAACCUAAUAAUAAAAAGAAAACAAUAGUCCGGUCUGCUGGAGUGGGGUCAGACAUGGAUUACACAUGAUCUAUUGCAUCAAGACAAUUUCAGCAUAUUCAGCUGGUACAACUGAAGUAUCACUGUGGGGACAAUUGCAAUAUAUUCCAUUUGUGGUGCCCAAAGUCAUCCACCAAGUGACAAGGAAUGUUUUUUUUUGAACGCAUGUUGCUUGCUGUAUUCUUAUUGAUUACAUUGACCAUUGAAUUCUUGUUGUAUUGGGAGAGCAAUGAA